GGCGGGGAGCCCGAUGGGGAGCCCGAUGGGAACCCGCACAGCGCUGCCCUCGGGCAGGGCAGGGCGUGGCGGGCAACUCCCCACCGCACUCCACGCCCCUCACACUCUGCCGGGAGUUAGGGGACGGCAGAAGUGGGAGGGGAUUUCCCUGCCCGGUUGAGCAGAUGAAGCUCUUCCCCUUGAUCGGACAUCCCCAGAGAGGUCCCCGGCAGGUUCAGGCAGGCAGAAGUUCGAGAGCUGGCGAGGUGGUCGAAGCUUCCUCCUCUUCUGGCCGCGCUCAGCGUCCCCUGGUCGUCCGCCGCGAUGCCCGAGCCGCGCCGGCUCUGUAAGACCGUCCUGCUGGGCGGCGCUCUGCUCCUCCUGGUCGGGCUGGCGGCCUACUGCAGCCUGCAGCACCGACGGCAGCCGCAGCUCGAGGCUCCUGGGUGGGACGUAGCUGAGCUCCAGCUGAAUCUCACAGGUCCCCGGCUGGACCCCAGGCUGCCCUGGCAGGCCGGCCCGUCCUUGGGCCGCUCCUUCCUGCACGGACCAGAGCUGGUCAAUGGGCAGCUGCGCAUCCAUCGUGAGGGCAUCUACAGACUGCACAUCCAGGUGACACUAGCCAACUGCUCCUCUGUGUGGACUACCGUGCCCCCCAAGGCCACGCUGACGGUGGGCAUCUGCUCCCCAGCCACCCACAGUAUCAGCCUGCUGCGCAUGAAUUUCCACCAGGGCUGCACUGUCGCCUCCCAGCGCCUGACACCCCUGGCCUAUGGGGACACCCUCUGUUCCAACCUCACCAUGCCUCUGCUCCCCUCCCGAAACGCUGAUGAGACCUUCUUUGGCGUCCAGUGGGUGCACCCCUGACCAAGGCUCUUAUUUUAUCACUCAUUUGUUUACUUCUGUUUUUCUUUUUGUUUUUGUUGUUGCUGCUGUUAGUUUUUUGGU